GGCUACUCUACGAUUGCACGGUUCCCGCCAAUUGUGGAAGGUCUGUUUCGAAGUGGGUGUUGUUUUGGUGAGGGUGGUUUUCAAGCUUAGAAUAAAAUAAUAUAAAAUAUUAUUCAUCUAAUGGUGCAUAUUUAAUUUAAAUAUUUAAUUCGGUACAUUUUAUUAGAACUAAUAUGGAUGUGUCAGAGGCUCAAAUUGGUCAACAGCGUGUGCGGGAUGAAGUCGGGGUUAGAUGUCAGAAAUUGUUUCAAGAUUUCUUAGAAGAGUACAGAGAGGAUGGCAAGAUCAAAUAUUUAUGUGGCGCUGAAGAACUACGGAAUCCAGAGAGAAGUACACUUGAAGUUUGUUUUGAAGAUAUUGAAAAGUAUAACCAGAAUCUGGCAGCCACAAUAAUAGAAGAAUAUUACAGGAUAUUUCCAUUCUUGUGUCAAGCAGUACGUAACUUUGCUGUGGAUCGAGGGGAAGCAAAAGAUGACAAGGAGUACUAUGUGAGUUUUACCGAUGUGCCAACUCGUCACAAAGUUCGAGAGCUGACAACAGCAAAAAUUGGAACUCUGAUUCGCAUCUCAGGGCAGGUGGUACGGACUCAUCCAGUUCACCCAGAACUUGUAUUAGGAACAUUCAUCUGUUUGGACUGUCAGACAUUGAUAAAGGAUGUGGAACAGCAGUUCAAGUUCACAAAUCCGACAAUCUGCCGCAACCCCGUGUGCAGCAAUAGGCGACGCUUCAUGCUAGAAGUGGACAAGUCAGUGUUUGUUGAUUUUCAGAAAGUUCGUAUUCAGGAAACACAGGCUGAGUUGCCUCGGGGAUGCAUUCCUCGUAGUGUGGAGGUGGUGCUAAGAGCAGAUGCUGUGGAAAGUGUCCAGGCUGGAGAUCGCUAUGACUUCACAGGAACACUGAUUGUGGUGCCAGAUGUUGGGGCAUUAGCUCUUCCAGGUGCCAAAGCUGAAGUAGGUUCACGUCACAAAGCUGGGGAGACAAACACAGAAGGUGUUCGAGGUCUUAAGGCACUUGGUAUUCGCGAACUGCACUAUCAUAUGGCUUUUCUGGCAUGUUCAGUCCAGCCAACAAGUCCUAGGUUUGGAGGUGGAGAGUUGCUAAUGGAGGAGGUUACAGCUGAAGUGAUGAAGCAGCAGAUGACUGAUGCAGAGUGGAACAAAGUGUAUGAGAUGAGCCGUGACAGGAGCUUGUACCAGAACUUGGUUGACAGUCUGUUCCCAUCAGUACAUGGUAAUGAUGAAGUUAAGAGAGGCAUUGUCUUGAUGCUGUUUGGUGGCGUUCCCAAGAAAACAAUGGAGGGAACCACACUGAGAGGUGAUAUCAACUGCUGUAUAGUAGGGGACCCAAGCACUGCCAAGUCUCAGCUGCUCAAACAGGUGGCAGACUUUAGCCCCCGAGCAGUGUACACCUCUGGCAAAGCAUCUAGUGCAGCUGGUCUAACAGCAGCUGUUGUCAAAGAUGAGGAGUCAUUUGACUUUGUGAUAGAGGCUGGUGCCCUUAUGCUGGCAGACAAUGGUAUAUGCUGCAUUGAUGAGUUUGACAAGAUGGACCCUCGUGACCAGGUGGCAAUCCAUGAAGCUAUGGAACAGCAGACAAUCUCAUUAGCCAAGGCUGGUGUAAGAGCUACUCUGAAUGCUAGAACUUCAAUCCUUGCUGCAGCAAAUCCAAUAGGUGGUCGCUAUGAUAGAGCAAAGUCACUGCAACAGAAUAUCGCUCUCACAGCACCAAUCAUGUCAAGAUUCGACCUCUUCUUUAUCUUGGUUGAUGAGUGUAAUGAGGUGGUGGAUUAUGCCAUUGCCCGCAAGAUUGUAGACCUGCACAGCAACAUAGAGGACACUGUGAAGAGAGUAUAUUCUCGGGAGGAAGUGUUACGCUAUAUCACUUUUGCUCGUCAGUUUAAACCCCUGAUCAGUGAGGAGGCAGCAAACCUUUUGGUGGAGCAGUAUACACAUCUCAGGCAGAGGGAUAGUAUGGGUGGAGGGAAGGCUACCUGGAGGAUCACAGUUAGGCAGCUGGAGAGUAUGAUCCGUCUGUCAGAAGCUAUGGCUAAAAUGGAAUGCUCUGAUGAGGUGCAUACAAAACAUGUGAAAGAAGCUCACCGCCUGCUGAACAAGUCGAUCAUUCGUGUUGAGCAACCUGACAUACAUCUGGAUGAAGAGGAACAGCUGGCAGAUGAGCCAAUGGAUCUGGAUGGAGAAAAUAGGGAUGUACCAAAUGCUGAGUCCAGGGCAAUGAAUGAUGAUGCAGAUGGUGAAAGAGAUGCACAGAAAAAGAGAAAGCUUAUUCUGUCAUUUGAGGAGUACAGGACACUGUCUACUAUGCUGAUUGUACAUAUGAGAAAUGAAGAAAUUCGAGCAGAAAGAGAAGAGCAAGGAAGCAGUGAAGGUUUGAAGCGGAGUGAUGUGGUGGCUUGGUACCUAGAGCAGGUACAAGAUCAGAUUGAGACUGAGGAAGAGUUGGUCGAGAGGAAGGCACUGGUUGAGAAAGUGAUUGACCGACUCAUUUACCAUGAUCAAGUUAUCAUCCCAUUAAUGAAGACAGGACUGAAGGGAGGUGAAGAGUCAAGUGAAAGUGAUCCACUGCUUGUGGUGCACCCAAAUUACAUUAUAGAAAUGUGAUUGGCAUAUUAAUCAUGACUGGCAAAAGGUAAAGAUGUCCAUGUGCUUAACUAAUUAAGCACUAUUCCAUGAAGGUGUAUGGGGGAGUGGAUGUAU